GCCGCAUCACGGUGAGGUCAUUGUCGUGCUGCGGUUAAAUUAGCCUGGCUAACGGGAGCAGUGCACUGCUAAGCUAUUAGCAUUUCGUUUAUGUGUGCUGUAGGCUGAAUAAGUAACAGUGUGAAGGAUGUCUGGAAGUGCAGGAGAGUGGUGUCUCAUGGAGAGCGACCCCGGGGUUUUCACGGAGCUCAUAAAAGGUUUCGGCUGCAGAGGAGCCCAGGUUGAAGAGAUAUGGAGUAUGGAGCCAGAGAACUUUGAAAACUUGAAACCCGUUCACGGGUUGAUUUUCCUGUUUAAGUGGCAGCCUGGUGAAGAGCCAGCAGGAUCAAUUGUCCAGGAUUCAAGACUUGAUCACAUCUUCUUUGCCAAGCAGGUCAUUAACAACGCUUGUGCCACCCAGGCCAUCAUCAGCGUUUUGCUCAACUGCUCUCAUCCUGACAUGUUGCUCGGCGAUACGCUGACGGAGUUCAGAGAGUUUUCACAGAGUUUUGAUGCAGCUAUGAAAGGUUUGGCUCUCAGCAACUCAGAAGUGAUCCGACAAGUUCACAACAGCUUUGCCAGACAGCAAAUGUUUGAAUUUGAUGCAAAGUCUUCGGCGAAGGACGAGGACGCAUUCCACUUUGUGAGCUACGUUCCUGUAAAUGGCAGGCUAUAUGAGCUGGACGGGCUUCGAGAGGGGCCGAUCGACCUGGGUGCAUGCAACCAGGAUGACUGGAUCAGCGCAGUCCGCCCUGUGAUUGAGAAAAGAAUACAGAAGUACAGUGAGGGAGAGAUCCGGUUCAACCUAAUGGCCAUCGUGUCUGACAGAAAAAUGAUAUAUGAGAGGAAAAUUGCGGAGCUCCAGGCCCAGCUUACUGAGGAUGAACCAAUGGACACAGACCAGAGCAGCACGUUCCUCAGCUCCAUCCAGUCAGAGAUUGCCAAGUACCAGCUCCUUAUUGAAGAAGAAAAUCAGAAACUAAAAAGAUAUAAGAUUGAAAAUAUUCGACGAAAGCACAACUACCUUCCUUUCAUCAUGGAGCUGUUGAAGACGCUGGCAGAGUACCAGCAGUUAAUACCUUUGGUGGAGAAGGCAAAAGAGAAACAGAGUGCCAAAAAAGCCCAGGAGGCCAAGUGAACAAGAGCACACUAUGAUUUAUACACACACACACGUCCAUCCUGAACCCUACAGUCACACACA